AUGCCAGGACACCCUGAGAUGACAUCACCACUCGGUGUCACCAUUACUGUGGGUGUCCCCUUUACUGUCGGUGUCACCUUUGCUGUCGGUGUCACCUUUAUUGUCGGUGUCACCUUUGCUGUCGGUGUCACCUUCGCUGCCGGUGUCGCCGGUGUCGCGGGCGGGGCGGGACCAGCGGGGGCCGGGCCGGGGCUACAAAACCCGAGGCGCUGCCGUGUCCUGCCCCGGCGGGACCGUGACCGUGACCGUGACGGGGACAGGGACAGGGACAGGGACAAGGCCAUGGCCGCCACCAAGGUGACAACAGCGGCGACAGAGCUGGCGGCCGCCCGCGAGCACGGACUGGCCGUGACCCGCGACUUCCACAGCAACCCCCGGCUGAGUGACUGUGACAUCCCUGCCGGGCACAAGGGGACACCUCCAGAAGCCUACAGGACGGUGUGCGGGGUCAACGGGCCGCUGGUGGUGCUGGACAAUGUCAAGUUCGCCCAGUACGCCGAGAUCGUGAACUUCACGCUGCCCAACGGCACCACCCGCAGCGGGCAGGUGCUGGAGGUGAUGGGCUCCAAGGCCAUCGUCCAGGUGUUUGAGGGCACAUCUGGCAUCGAUGCCAAGGCGACAACCUGCGAGUUCACCGGGGACAUCCUGCGCACGCCGGUGUCCGAGGACAUGCUGGGCCGGGUGUUCAAUGGCUCCGCCAAACCCAUCGACAGCGGCCCCCCGGUGAUGGCCGAGGACUUCCUGGACAUCAACGGCCAGCCCAUCAACCCCCACGGUCGCAUUUAUCCCGAGGAGAUGAUCCAGACCGGGAUCUCUCCCAUCGACGUCAUGAACAGCAUCGCCCGCGGGCAGAAAAUUCCCAUCUUCUCUGCGGCCGGGCUGCCCCACAACGAGAUCGCGGCACAGAUCUGCCGCCAGGCCGGGCUGGUGAAGAAAUCCAAGGACGUGGUGGAUUUCCACGAGGACAACUUCGCCAUCGUCUUCGCGGCCAUGGGGGUGAACAUGGAGACGGCGCGGUUCUUCAAGUCGGACUUUGAGCAGAACGGCUCCAUGGAGAACGUGUGCCUGUUCCUCAACCUGGCCAACGACCCCACCUGCCGGCCCCACUUUGGGGUCUCACACCCCCUUUGUCCCCCCACCCCAGACAUCACCCACCCCAUCCCCGACCUGACGGGUUUCAUCACCGAGGGCCAGAUCUACGUGGACCGGCAGCUCCACAACCGCCAGAUUUACCCCCCCAUCAACGUCCUGCCGUCGCUGUCCCGGCUGAUGAAAUCGGCCAUCGGAGAGGGCAUGACCAGGAAGGACCACGGGGACGUGUCCAACCAGCUGGUGAGGCCUUGGGGACACCCGGGGGUGGCAUUUGUCACUUCAGGGUCCCUCCUGUCCCCCCGCUUGGGGAGGCUCAGGUGA